CGCUCACCGUCGCGCAGCCCCGCGCGCUCCGCCUACGGCAUCGGGCCGCGCCGUGACGUCACAAGGGCGCGCCGGGGCGGGGCGAGGCCUGCGCGAGGAGGGAGCCGCUGCGGCCUGCGCGGGCCCGCGGGUGUCAUGAGCCAUGGAGCCGGGGCGCCAGACGCUGCCGCUGGAGAACGCCUCCAUCCUCUCCGAGGGCGCCCUGCAGGACGGGCACCGCCUGUGGAUCGGCAACCUCGACCCCAAGAUCACCGAAUACCACCUUCUCAAACUCCUUCAGAAGUUUGGCAAAGUAAAGCAAUUUGACUUUCUCUUUCACAAGUCUGGUGCUCUGGAGGGGCAGCCGAGGGGUUACUGUUUUGUGAACUUUGAAACCAAACAGGAAGCAGAAAAGGCGAUCCAAUGUCUCAAUGGGAAGCUGGCCCUUUCCAAGAAAUUGGUGGUGCGGUGGGCGCAUGCACAAGUCAAGAGAUAUGAUCAUAAUAAAAAUGAGAAGAUUCUUCCAAUCAGUCUGGAGCCAUCUUCCAGCACGGACCCACCCCAGUCCAACCUAAGCGUCAGUGCAAAAAUAAAGGCCAUUGAAGCCAAGCUGAAAAUGAUGGCAGAAAAUCCGGAUGCCGAAUUUCCAGCAGCACCUGUUUAUUCUUACUUCAAACCACCAGAUAAGAAAAGGACUACUCCUUAUUCCAGAGCUGCCUGGAAAUCUAGAAGAUGAUGCUUAUGAAUGGAUAUGGUAGCAAAAAACACUGCUCUGCAUACCUGGAAUCCUCCGAUGCUUUUGUACUCUGUAUAGUGAGAAGGAAACUGCCACCUCCGCACAGUAUCACUGUAUAUGGCAGUGUUUUGUGACACCUUAGGUGGUCUGCUGAAUACUCCUUAUUGCCCGUGUAGCUCCACAGCUGAACGCUGUCCAGAAAAGUAGGUUCUCUUCAACGCCUGUGACGAACACCCAGACAACCUCUUGUUAGUGUGCACUCAGUAGCGAGGCUAGAAACAGUAACCAGUGUAUGGAGUAAAGCACAUCUAAACUGUUCCGUUUAACUGAUUACUUUUUAAGGUAUUUUUAAACAAAAGGUAUUCCGCUUUGUGUUUUUUAAUGGAGGGAAAGCACUUGGUUAUGAGUGACAUUCUGUAGUUACCAUGAAAGACAUUUUUUCAUCUCAAUAAAACUCAUUUUAAAUGGAUUUUGCAACAAUUCUAGCAACUGUGCUUUUGCAGUAUUUAUAUGCACUGUAGCAAAUUCAUUUUGCCUUUUGAUUUCCUUACUUUAAGACAAAGGUGGUCAUGACACAACACAGGUAUUCUCACUUAGGUCGUAGGUAUGUGCCUCUGUUGGAUUUGGUGACUGCGCACCACCGAGGUCUGUUCUGGGCCGUGAGCUUCAGCAUGCGGCAGUGGCGUUUCCAGUGUUCCCCUUCAAUAACCCCUUUAGUGGUAGUUCUUCAUAAACCAGAUGUGACAGCGUGAGAAUAACACUGCCGCUUCAAAGCCAUCUGUCAGGCACGUGACCUCGGCGUUUGCCCACCAACCAGUCCCGCUGCUGCGUUUUGCUGGCUGGUAAAGAUGGUUGUGUCUCUUGGCGUAACGUGAGUGGCACCAGUGUUCGUGGUGGAAUGGUGCUGCUGUGUGAUCGAGGCUUCUCUGUAGACGGUGUUUAGUUUACAAGUCUAAUGGAUAGCAUUUGCUUAAAUCAUGAGAUGCACAGCACGUUCUUCUCCCCAAACAUUCACUGCAAAGUCGAGAGCUCAGGGGAAAGACCGUCGUCGGGCAGCGCUUUCUCCUCUGUGCACGUGGCCCUGGUGACGGUGCACGAGGGUGUUGGGGAGCUUGUGCACUCGGACAGCGGAUGCUGUUCUGACUUUUGCCAAUGUCCCAUUUAUCACUUGAGCCCUUUCAGCAGUGAAUCUUCCCCCACCCAGUCACUCUCGAGUUGCUUCCCCAACACGGUGAGCAGUGGUCUCGGAGAGGAGGAGACUAUAAUAUUAAAGCAGCCCCUGGUUUCUCUGCGCGGCUGUUGCUCGCUCUAGCGAAGCGGUGUUGUGUCCCGGGAGCGGUGCCCUGUCUCGCAGCGCAGAGCGCGCUUCCCCCUUCUGAACCCAAUGUCUGGAGUCGAGCUGUGCGUGUGUGUGAUGGGGGAUUGCUAAGAGCCUGAAUUGUUUAAAAAGCAGGGCUUUCCACACAAUUUAGACAUACUUUUUCCUCUCCUCUUUCCUCUGUUUUCUAUUUUAUGCUCUUUUUGCAUCUCUUCUGUAGCAAGAGAGCUUAAUAUGUGAAAGGUCUAUAGCCUUCCACUAAUAAAUAUUUAAUGUGGCUGGAGAA